AUGUCAAUGUUCCGUGAUUUUAUCGUCGUUAAUAAUACCCCUUACAAAGAGGUCAUCUACGCGACGACGAGGAAAACUGAAUAGGCAUGCAGUCAGUGUGACCCACCUGUAUCCAACUGCGAGCGACCGCCUCCCCCAUUGGCGUUAGCCCGUAUCCGCGCACGAACUUAUCGAUUCUCGUACGGAGCCUUUGCUCCACGGCGGGUAGACUAACCAAAUGCGGACCGGUGUGCUCAACGUUUGGCCCUCCUUUUUCUAACGCCUCACCGGUUCCCUUCGCUCGUCCUUGGGGCCGUGCUUGUUGACAACAACCAUUGUUGUUGUGCAUUUUACUAACCCAAGUGCUUUCGCCACGCAAGAUACCCCCGUAGCCUUUCUUCGUAAUUUAUCUCGGUCUUUGUUCACCUUGCUGGGCUAGUCGUCGAGAGGAGCAGCCAUCUAUACCCCGUCGACGGUGAGCGCAUACAAGUUGCUUGCCUUAUAACCCGGAACAUAUCCAAAGCACGCCGCACGCACACCUAGACACUUUUGCACGACAGAAAAAAAAAAUAGUAAGUGUGAGAAAAAACGCUUCCAACGGGAAAGCAGCCCCCUGUGGAAACCCCUCGGAUCAGGCGGCUCGCGGCGCAACAGACCUCCACACCCAGCACGGGCUCUAGAGGGCGAACCAGAGGCUAAACUGCCCAGAAAACUCGAGAGGUAUUUAAUGCAUGGGAUAACGGCCGGCACAGGUCGUGCUGACAGAUGACCCGUCGGAGAGGUAGGGGGGGCAACCGGGCUGGUGGGGCUAACAACCCCAGAGGUCAACCGGCUACGCCACCUGCUACACCUCCAAACCAGCCUAGGAGCUCUGUUACACCCAGAAGCGGGGGUAUGCAGCCAGCAUGGGACCUUCGUCAGCUUACGGAAGGCCCGCUAACCCCGCGUACUCCAGUGGUCGACAACUCAGGGGGAGACAUAACAAGUGAACGUCCACGGAUCAGGAGCGGGAGAGAGGGCAACUUAACCACUGAGGUGCGCACCCCCACCGCCGCGACAAAGCGCGACGCGAGAGAUUCCGGUGCACGCGUCCGUCGGACGGGAGGAAAAUCCCGGUCGGGCAGGAAACGCAGGAAGAGGCCCUCUGUUGGUGUCACGGGUGGUGGACUACCCAAUCUUGAGAGCAAGCUCGAGGAGGAGGAUUACUACAGACAGCAGGGCGAGGCGAGGAGGGAGGCAUCGGCCCGUAAAGCUCGCGCGAUUGCCGAAGACGAACGGCAAAAAGCAGAGUCCGCGGGGAAUCACCCCGUUGAUCCUCGGCGUAGGAGUCACGGCGGGAACCCAAGACAAGCUGGUUAUCAGCCUGGAAAGCGGAAUGCGGGUAGGAGACUUUCUGCCCCAGCGGUGCUAUCUGUACGCCAACCAACAAGCAAGAAGCGAAGAAAGGCGUGCGAGCGUAUGGAAUGCGGGUGGGUUACAGACCACCCUGGCACCGAGUGUAGCAAAUGCUCCGGGAGUGUAGUGCACUCGGACGACGAUAAGCUAUGUUCGGCAUGCCACAGGUCUCCGAAUGACGACGGUUUCAGGCACCUCCGCGCGGACCGGUUAGGGCGAGCAGUAGACUUCGUGACCGCGUGGACACAAGGAGAGAAAACCCUCCCUCCAGCUCUCGUGCGAGACUUUAGGCCCAGCAAUGACUGCCUCUGCGCACGCCCAGACUGCUUCCUAGUUUUUUUCGCCGAGGAAGAAAGGAAGGCAGAGUCUCGCGUUUGCGGUACUUGUGGGUACCGGAAAUCGGGCAAGAGCAUCGUAAGGUGGUACCCCAUGGAUGCUGCAGAUGACGAUGUGGCGGAGGGGAACGCAACGGUGAGCGAUGGCCUUUGGUGGUGCGGCCGCUGCUAUCAGAAACGGUUGGACGGCAUAAAGAGAGACGAGAAACAGCCAGAGCACACAGCGAACAAUACGCAUGGAUCGGGGGGUGAGGCGCCGGUGCCUCCAGAUCCGUUGGACACGGUGCGCGCUAUGGUGGAAGAUGUCGUCCGUCGAGGUGAGAUCCUGUACUGGCAGGACGUCGCCGCUUGGGUAACAGCGGAACGCGCGAAGCUUGGCAUGGAGGAGUUACAAGGGAGAUACCCAAGAAAAAUCGUCCGGGCCAUAUUUGCAAGCAUCGAAGAGUCCGGGACUUCACGCUUGGUCAGUCACGAGCCAGCACAUGGAGACGCACGCGAGCGAGAACUUUUCCUCUUUCCAAAGACCCUUGGGGACGAGCAUCUCGUUGACUUAAUGCUGCGUGCUCGCCGUAAUGCACCCGUACAGCCACCAUCCAACCAGCUUGCGGAUAAGGGCGGGUCUCUCAAGUCCAUUCUGAGGGAAGUCGAGAAGAACACGGAGGACGCAGACGCAAGGAUGUCCGUCGUGCGGGCAGCAGGUACAAUUGUUCGAGCCGACGUGGAGAGUGAUCCUGCCCUGAAGAACACCCCCGGGACGCGCGAGAAGCAUCGCUACGCCGAUGAGUUGGACAUGAAAGUGAAGCCACCCAGAGAGACUCUACUCACCGCGUUUCCUCCGGCCUUGGUUGGGUUAUACCAAAGCAUGACGAACAUGGCACUGUAUCGCGAGAUCAUCGCAUCAGAGACCGAGUAUCCUGGAGAGGCCUGGGUAUGGCAGACCGAAGGGCGAGAUGGGCGGCACCCUACCACCUCGGGCGACUUGGAGGGCGAGGACGGUGAUGGAGAAAAGAAGGACGAGGCCAGGCAUAUCGACAGCCUUAACCGCGACAGGCGAUCUACGCAUCGUAGGCUUCUAGUGAUGUGUACGGUGGUGGUGAAGGCCAUUUUGCGUGGUCGGCACAUGGGUUCGCACGACAUCAAAGGGGCUCAGUGGGCAAAGUCUAAGGGUACGUGUCGCGAUGUGAUCAACUUUGUAGCGGAGUACGGUUUAUGGGCGACGACGUCGCAAAUUCAGCACCGAGAAGAUUUCCACGCGAGGUUCGUAGAGGACAAGGACCUCCUGAGCCGGGACGCCGAGUGCGCCGCCAUUCCCCUGGACAACUGUGAUUUUGACCCGAGGGUCGGAGUAGGCCAGGGGGAGGGGCCUCAUCUUCCCUUCAUCGCUGCGACGGCCUUGACAGUAGGGCCCGACGUAGGUCGAAUGGACGACUGGUGGAUGGUCAAGAGCCGGGGAUCUCUUACGGUGGAAGACGUCCUUAUGGGACCGGAGCGGGACCGGGAGGACGGAGCACGGCGGUAUAACGAGUUUUCGUCCGAACUCUACCGCGGCGUAUUCGCUGAGGCGCGGAACAACUCCGACAGGGCUGCGGCAGACACAUGCUUCGAGUCUGAACUCCGCACGGCCAUCACACCCGAGGGCAAAUCGCCGCAGCAACUGCGAUACGCGUUCAUCCAGAAGGGUUCUACCAAGCGUUUCAGCGAUAUGAAGGCAGCCAUCCAGCGCAUACAAGGUAUCUGGUGUGGGUCCCCAGCCGGUAAGGCUGGUGCACCAUUCAUACUCGGUGGGGACGAGGAGACAUACAAGCACAUGUACCACGUCAUGGCACAGGAGCCGCGCGAGUACCGACAAGUCCGUCGAUACCCCGGCGAUUGGCAUUUGCUGUUGCACAUGGCCAAGGCGAUGCUUAGGCGAUACUGGGGUGCUGGCGUGGAGUUCGUGGCGAAGGAUUUGGGCACAGACGGGUCGAAGUCGGGGGAGGGGAGCAACUACCGUCGGGCACACCACCACAUAACGGCGUUUUGGGCGGCGUUUAUGGCUCUGUGUCGAGAGGAAUACUUGAAGAGUUUGUCGACGCCAGGUGACAGACCGGUGGAAGAGGACGAGGUGGUCGACGGGGUGGUUCGGUGGAUAGUGGCACGGACGGAGUCUCACAAGACUUUCGCUGUGUGGAAGCAGUUCCUCCUCCACGACUACCCUGCGUACAUCGCCUUCCGAACUGCCCUGCGUACGGGGAACUUCAGGCUAAGGCUUGAAGGUCUUCGCCGUAUCGCCCCCAUUUUUUUCAUCACCGGCAAAGAUAAGUACCAGUUUCUCGUGGUAGAUCAUCUGACGGAGGUGUCGCGUUAUUCGCGCAACGAUAUGAGGGUCGUAUCCGAGCUAUUCUCCGUCUCACUCGGCCCUGACACGUUUGCACGAAUCGGCUUGGACGAGCGGCAGGAGGUGUCCAAUCGUCUCUACAAGACAUUGACGAAAAGGAUCCUUUCGAGCACGAUAGAAAAGCUGGCACCGAUUGCCCAGCUGCGUGAAGUCGCCAUCUUCGACUUCGAAUCGCAUUUCAUCGAGAAACCACGCACGGAAAGGGACCGUUGCAGAGAGUUGGCGGUGAAACGUGCACCAGCAGUCAGGGCGGCGAUGGACUGCUUGAGAGAGAGCCCGGUAUUUGAAGGCAACGAUGGCAAAGACAAGGUCGUGGCGUUGGACGGGAGAGUGUUUCCGCCGGUCAAGUCGCAAGAGAUUAUCGACUCGCCCGCUAAUGCUCGUGCGAAACUGCGCGAGUGUGUCCUGUACUACGUCUUCAAGAAGAAAAAACUCAACGGCACGAAACUCAAGGGCGCGACCAAGAAGAAGGUUUUCUCCAUCCCGGCUAGGAACAGCAUCAACAAGGCCACGAAGAGUCAAGGGAGGUCGUCUGCACUCAAGGAUUCCGUCGGUAAUGCCUACGCUGGGGGGCAAGAGUGGAAGGCCCUCACGCUGAACAUGAUCGAUGCGGCCAGAGAAGGUGGGGGUGUGGUGACGCAAGACCAGAUGCUGGAAAUGGUAGCUUCCGUAGGAGCGGCCACGCCGUACAGCAUGGCCAACGCGACAGGAGGAGCUAAGCACGCCAACAAGGCGGCAGGUCCAGGGAAAUGGGUCAGAGAGCACUGUGCCGACGGGUUCGCAGACGACCCGUUUUACGACGCCGACGCUCAUGGCGUGGAUCUUCCCGUGUCAAUCCACCAAGGGGUGCACCCGGAAUAUCUCGAGAAGGGAACUGCGGGAAUAAUCGACUACUUCAAGAGGCAGCUGUUGUCGAAGUGGCUGCAGUCAACCGAGCUACUCAUGGUGUGCUACGACCGACAGGAACUGGUCCCGGUAAUCAAAGGACAAGAGCAGCUUGGGAGGACCGAGAAACUUGGUGAGUGCUCUCGGACCUUCGACCCGAAGUCAACGGACCCUGUUCCUUCGUUACAGUAUGGACCAUGGCUUCGAGCCGAUGGCAAGGCGGCGCGGGACGGAAUCGCCGCCAACCUCGCCAUGCGCGUGCUAGCUGAUGAAGUCUGGACCGGCGACACCAAGCCGAACGGAAUCGUCGCAUUCUAUGGCGUCGGAGGUGAGCCUGGUCUGAGAGCUGAUCAUCCAGCUGGUGUAGAUGCGGAGGGCGUAGGCCUUGAGAUGGGAGGGGUAGGUGCCACGGAGGCGCUUUCCGGAACCGAACCACUCCUUCACUUUCGAAACGGAAACGACCCGAUACUCGGCGUCGAGCGGCAGCGAGGGCCAGACAUCGGCGAGGCGGAGCUCUCCGUGAUACACUUCAUCGUUUGGGCGAAGAGGUACUGGGGGAAAAACUUCCACAAGUGGAUCGUUUCAUCGGUAGACACGGACCUAUGGAUGAUCAUUCUACUGGCGAUGACCACUGGUUGGCUCCGGCCUCGUGGCGAGGGGGCGGUUGACGUGACCGUCCAGAAGGUCGUGGGUGGCGAGACCAAGUUCCUGUGGAUGAACAGAGUGUUCGCCAGCAUCUGCGAGCUCCAGGACGGAAGCGAGUCCGCGUGGCCGCCAUUGACCUUCAGGGGAUGGAUUCCCACGGACAAUGACAAGGUCCGUCUGUUCGUCCUAACGUUCCUGGAGUCGGGCUGUGACUACCUCCCGGCAAUUUCCGGGCUGCCGUUCGACAAGAUGUGGGUACUGGCCCUCAAGAGCGUGCGGACGGAGGGAUUGUUUGACAGGCCGCUGUUCUUUGAGGAGGAGGAUGGCACGUGGGCCGUGCAUGUCAACGAAUGCGCGAAGCUUUUGGCGACCAUGUUCUUCUACAAGGAUGAGGCGGCGUUUGGCACUGCUCAUUUGACUCCAGCCCAGCUGGUCGAAAGCGUUGAUGGCGACGUCGAGGGCUACGUGGACGUGAUCCGCUACGCCAUCCUCCAACUCCCUAAGAAGAAGACGACAGCCACCUGUCCAUCUUUUUUUUCCUUGCGCAAGCAGGCGGAACGAGGUAACGCCAUCUUCCGGUACUGGCAGAAUGGCCUGAGGGCGACCAUGCCGGCGACAGAGUUUGCCGGCAAAGGAUGGAGCGUCGACCCACGAGGAAAGGGGAGCGACGGCGACGAACUCACAAAGGAGAACUGCGUGCUUGACCUGUCCGAGUAUGCUUAUAUCGCCCCUGACCGAAAGACAGUCACGCUUGCGUGUGGUUGCAAUCCGGACACGGCCCUGUGUAACAGGUGCAGGUGCAAGAACAAGAAGUGCUCGCUCGCUUGCGGCUGCAGAAAUCGUUGCACCCUACGGCGGGUGGCCCCGGCACCCGUGCGUGCAGCGGGGAGGUCUGCGUCACGGCCUACGGUGGGUGCUCCUCAAACUAGUCGGGUAGAGGGUACCCCCCGACCCCAGCCACACAUCGAGAGUCGGCCACGGCCAUCCUACAGUGUUGCCAACGCCAUGGCACUCUUUGCCGCUUCUAUGAGGCAGCAGGAAUCGCACGGAGCGGAACAGAACGACGUGGAGGCGGGGACCCCCGAGUCGCUUGCGAGCAAGGACGUUUCCGCCGGCGAGGCCGCGGAAUCCAAGAACGCAGAGUUGGAGGACCCCGAGUCGUACGAUAACGGCGACGGUUCGGUCGGAGCACUCGACGAUUUGAUCAAGUUGGAUUCGAGCGAAUCUGGCUCCAGCGAUGGGGAACCUGACGGGGUGAGCGAGAAAAGCGUCAACUCCAACUGGAGUGAUGGAGACACAGAUGAUGGGGUUGCGGAUCUCGUCACCGACGCCUGGAACUGAGAUCUGGCUACUUCUUCAGGCGGGUCCGUGCUUCAUUUCCGUUGGAUGCAUCCAUCCACGAGAUACGACGACCCCGGGGUACGAGACAUCAGACGGACGAACAGCGCGCGCGACUUCUCCCCUGUAUUUCUCUACCCAGUUGCGCAGGGAGGUGCACGGGGGGGAUUAUUUUUCAGCCGCGCUGUGUGUCCGUUGUUUAUUGGCAUAGUAUUUUGUUAGUCGCAAACUGCCUGAAAGGUACGGGGGUGCUGUGUGCGUUCCGGGCCUGUCUGUGUCGUUUGUACUGGCUGUAAAUAAGGUGUUUGUUGUUUCCUUCAGAUCGGGCAUGAUGUUGAUAGGUGUGGGCAACCCGGGGGGGGCAGUCUUGUGUGCGGGGUUCGUGUGUAAGUAUUUCCUCGCGUUUUCGACACACCCAAUGCUCAGUGCGUACAAUGUAUUUGUAUGCUUUGAGACAAAACACUUCAACAACUACAGUAGUCUAAAUAUAGUCUAGUGUGUACAUAUUGCCGGCCGUGCCUGUCUGCGUGCGACGUCAGAUAGCACAAGGUCAUCAGUGAUCAAGUUCCCCGUUAUUGUAGCUGCCGUGAUACUGUCGCUACUCCAUCCUCUCAUAGUUUUUUUCCCCGGGAUUCUGGAGAGUUGUACUGCUGGGUGAGGGCCCCGAGUCAACAGGCACAAGUGUGUGCGGUGCAACACCGCAGCAGGAGAGGGGGGUACCCCAAAAGCAAUUUCGGUUCAAAUGUAGCUGACGCCAUUCAACAGUACUCCACGUGUAGUACGUCUUGCAGCACAAUUCCAAGUGCUGUACAACCGCAAGAUCAGCAGCUAACAUUACCAAUGCUCGGUGUUGCCGGCGGCGUGACAGAAAAUAAGCAUGGUGCCUGUAUGUAAAUGCAAGUUUUCAACUUCAUCUGUGUCUAUCUCUUGAUUCCCGCGAUCAGUCAAGUUCAACUCUUCUGAAAUUUACUCUAUGGUACUCAGUCCAUCUUCCCUCAAAUUUUUGUGGCGAUGGAUGCUGUAGUGGGCGCGUUCUUGUGCUUGGUCGCUUUGGCGGGUGCACAGCAGGGUGGUUGCGCCGCGUAGAUACGAGUCUCACAUUUUUUUAGGGGAGGGGCUGCGUGUUGCGCCGACAAGUUUGAAGCCUACAGUGGACGGAAUUUGCCAAAUCUUGGUUCCCUAGAUAGCUACUGGCAUAGUCUACUGCUGUAAGCCUUUAGCCUUCGGUGGAUGUACGCCAGUCGCGCUGCUAAUCUGUGUAAAACGAUAUUUUUUGUUCCUCCGCCUACUUUUUUUUUUUUCUGUCGUG